AUGAAGCUCCUUUACCCAACCUCAGUUAAGGGCCCUAUCCCGACCCUCAAGGGCUUUGCUGUUACUCUGCACACCUACAACGCCAAGGAGACCAUCCCGGAGGAGCUCAUCGACGCCGACAUCCUCGUCACUUGGGCCAACAGUUCCGAGAACCUGCAGGAUGCCGCCAAACGCAUGAAAAAUCUCCGAUGGAUCCAAUCCCUCGCCGCGGGUCCCAAUGAUGUUCUCUCUGCUGGGUUCGAUCUCUCCCGGAUCACCGUCACCACCGGCUCCGGUCUGCACGAUCGCCCCGUCGCCGAGCAUGCUCUAGGUCUGCUCCUCGACGCCUGCCGCCACUUCUACGAGAUGCGCGAUUACCAGCUCCAGUCGAAAUGGCCCGCCCAUCUGGGCGGCUCCUUUCCCCGCGCAGGCCAGUUGACAACUCUGCGUGAUGCCCGCGUGCUCAUCUGGGGAUUCGGCAACAUCGCGAAGACUCUUGCCCCGCAUCUGACCGCUCUCGGAGCCCACGUCACCGGUGUGGCCCGAGGACCGGGCGUGCGCAACGGUGUGGAGGUAUUCGGGGAGGACAAACUUUCGGAACUCCUGCCAAAGACCGAUGCGCUGGUUAUGAUCCUGCCGGGCGCGGAGUCAACAAACAACGCCCUGAAUGCCGAAAGACUAACGCUCUUACCCAAGCAUGCGUGGGUGGUGAAUGUGGGGCGAGGAACGUCGAUCGAUGAGGAUGCAUUGGCGGAUGCUCUUGACAAGGGCGACAUCGCCGGUGCUGCUCUGGACGUUUUCAAGACAGAGCCGCUUCCUGAAUCCAGCCGACUGUGGAAGACGCCAAAUCUGGUCAUCUCGCCUCAUGCUGCCGGUGGAAGGCCUGAGGGUUAUGAGGAGCUGAUUGCGGACAACCUCCAGCGGUUUUUGGCUGAGCAGCCGCUCAAGAAUGUAAUCUAA